CCUGGGAUUGCUUGUACCGGAAAGCCUUGGUUUUCUUCCCUCUGCAACUGCAACUGAGAUUAAUCUGCAUUAAUGGCGCUGUGUGCAUCUUCUCAGAAGCUUUUUCUUGCAUCUUCAGCAGCAAGUGGAAGAGCAAGAGCAAGACAUGGAGGAAGGGCAAGCGCAAAUGGCAGAAGAGAUCUAGCGGUUCAUGUUCGGAUGGCAGCCCCAGACCAAGUAGCAAUAGCAUACGAGGAGGGAAAUCUAGAAAUGCCAAAAUGGGCUGGAGAGACCCCUCUCUCUCGCCUUGUAAAAGUUCUUGUUUCCUUUAAGCCCCUUUACUCUCUGCUCAAGCUUGGUGCCCGACAAGUCCUCAUCAGUACAGCGGAGAAGAACAACAUUCCUUGGAGGGAGAUGUCGAGGGAGAUUCUGGAAUCAGAUGUUUAUAAGGAGCUGCACAGCAUUGAGAACCCCUCUCUCCAAUACCCAGAUUAUUAUCUGAGUCCUUUUCAUGCAUAUGACGAGGGCAAUCUUUCUUGGUUGGCUGCAGCUGAAGCAGAGGUUGCAACCAUGUCUGUUGCGAGAAGAGCUAUGCCACAUGCUUCAUCAAUUGAGGAAGCAACUAAAGAAUUGCGUGGAAAUUGGCUUCAAGUAAUUGAACAACAUCAUAUGAAACAUUCAGGAUCCACAAUUGAAAAUAUUCUAGAUAUUGGAUGUUCUGUCGGUGUGAGCACAAGAUUUCUUGCUGAUAAAUUCCCUUCCGCUAAAGUCAUUGGACUAGAUCUGUCACCUUACUUUCUUUCUGUAGCUCAAUUCAAGGAAAAGAAAAGAGCCCCUCGAGAGAAUCCCAUCAGAUGGAUACAUGCAGCUGGAGAAGACACAGGCUUGCCCUCAAAAUCAUUUGAUCUUGUUUCUUUUGCUUAUGUGUUUCAUGAAUGUCCUGAAAGAGCAAUAAUCGCUUUAGUGACUGAAGCAUUCCGAUUGCUGAGACCUGGAGGCACAAUUGUUUUGACUGACCAGUCGCCAAAGUCAAAGAUCCUUCAGGAAUUGUCCCCAGCUCUUUUCACAUUGCUGAAAAGUACAGAACCAUUUUUGAAUGAAUACUACCUCACUGAUCUGGAAGGAAGGUUGAGAGAAGUUGGCUUUGUCAAUAUUCAAACAGUGCUUACAGAUCCGCGGCACAUGACCAUGACUGCAACAGUGCCUCAUCAACGAGUAUGAGUAUUUUCAUAAGAUGGAAACUACCUAUGAGAGUUUGUUUUCAAAUUCAUCUGCAUUGUUGAGCCUAGCAAAACCAUUUCCGAGUUCAAAUUGCAAGCCUUUGACUUCUUACUAGUGGCUUCAGAUGAUAUUUAGAGGUCUCAUUGGGAGCUUCUGCACUGAGGAUGUGGUGAGGUACACAUGAUCCCAUACUUUUAUGUACAAGCAACUCAGAGUUCAAUGGCUUCAAAAUUUUUUUAAAUUUAUUAAUUCCUGCUGUUCAGUAGUGUUGUUGUUGUAACCCAAAACAGGAGAAAAACCAACAAGUUGGAGCAUAAGGAAUUUAUUAUUGUAACUGUGUAACUUGUUUAAAUCUCGUGAGACAGAGACAUUUAAAUAGUACUUUUAGAUUUA